GAGUGCGGGAAAUGUUUUUCAAACAAGUCUUAUCUGUCCAGACAUCAGAAAUCUCACACGGGGGAGAAGCCAAUUUCCUGCUCUGAGUGUGGGAAAUAUUUUACACAAAAAUCAGAACUUGUCACACAUCAGAGAUCUCACACGGGGGAAAAGCCUUAUUCUUGUCCUGAGUGCGGUAAAUGUUUUUCAGUGAAGUCCAAUCUUUACAGACAUCAGAGGUGUCACACAGGGGAAAAGCCGUAUUCCUGUUCUGAGUGCGGGAAAAUGUUUUUCAGAUAAGUCCAGUCUUUAUAUUCAUCAGAGACUGCACGGGGGAAAAGCCAUACUUUUGUCAUGAGUGCGGGAAAUGUUUUUCAGAUAAGUCCAAUCUUUAUAAUCAUCGGAAACUGCACACAGGGGAGAAGCCAUAUUCUUGUCCUGGGUGCGGGAAAUGUUUUUCACAGAAGUCCAUUCUUUACAGACAUCAGAGAUCUCACACGGGUGGAGAAGCCACUUUCCUGUCCU